UCAUGUCGACUACGGUCGGAAAUCCAAGGCCAACAGAAAAACUUGUUGAUCCAUGGAGAACCGGCCAAAUUAUGAGCGACAGUGCUACAACUUCGAGUUUCGUUAUAAACUUCAACGGCGAUUCCCAGUUAAGCACCUCAUCCUCGGAAUCACCGUGGAGAAAUCCGUUUUCGCGUCUCCAGGAGAACCUCCCUGAGCAGCCAAACAUCUUCGACUUCUCCGAAAUCCGCGCCGCCACGGGCGAUUUCUCCCUCAAGCCUUUCUCAUCUUCCUCCUCUUCCACCUCGUGGCGGUGUACGAUUCGAGACCGAAACGUCGUCGUGACUCAGAGGAAGUUCCGCCGUCCGAUCGAAACUCCGGAGCUCAUCCAUCGGGUGGCGAUGAUAUGCAGGAGCCACCACUCGAGUUUGAUCCCACUCAAGGGAGUCUCAAUUUCUGGGGAUUAUAUUUACUUCGUUUACGAGUUCAUUCACGGCGUGAAUCUUCGUGAUGCUCUGAAAAACCCGCGAAACCCUAAUUUCACCGUGCUUUCGAGCUGGAUGUCGAGACUUCAGAUAGUCUCGGAUGUUGCUUCUGGGAUUGAUUACAUCCAUAACUAUACGGGUUUAGGUCACGAAUUUGUUCACAAUCAUAUAAAGGGCUCCAGCAUUAUAGUCAUCGAACCCAUGCUGAGCGCGAAAAUUUGCCACUUUGCUAUGGCGGAGCUUUGCGGUGAGACCGCGAAGAGAAAUGUUGAAUCCGAGUCGGGAAUCGUGAAGUUGAAGCGUUCGAGCAGUAAAAUGUUGAAGCUUGAAGGUACGAGAGGAUACAUGACGCCGGAAUUUCAAUCCUCCGGGGCUGUGACGCAGAAGUCCGACGUGUACGCGUUCGGGGUGGUGGUGCUAGAGUUGGUAUCGGGACAGGAGUCUUUGAAGUACGUGUUCGACCGGGAGAGAGACGAAUAUGUAAGAACUUCGGUGAUCUCGGCGGCGAGAGCGGCGGUGGGCAGCUUCGGAGGGGUCAGAGGAUGGGUUGACAAGCGGCUGAGGGAUUCGUACCCGGUGGAGGUGGCGGAGAAGCUGGUACGCCUUGCACUAGAUUGUGUGGAAGAUGACCCGAACCAUAGACCGGAUAUGGGCCAUGUCUCGGGUCAGAUCUCGCAGAUGUAUUUGGAGUCCCAAACUUGGGCUGAGAAUCUCGGUCUGCCUAUUGACUUUACUUUGUCCCUUGGGCCCCGAUAAGAGAAGACUUUUAUUCAUAAUUAGAGAUGAUCACAUCAGAUGAAUAUUCUAUUAAUUAUACUCCAGGAUCAAAAGCUAUUGAAUUGAAUAUA